CUUCUCUUUCUCCCCCGUCCCCCGCCCCCUCCCUCCCAGGCCUGAUGAGCAGGUCUCGCGCCUCCAUCCAUCGGGGGAGCAUCCCCGCGAUGUCCUAUGCCCCCUUCAGAGAUGUACGGGGACCCCCUAUGCACCGAACCCAAUACGUUCAUUCCCCAUAUGAUCGUCCUGGUUGGAACCCUCGGUUCUGCAUCAUCUCUGGGAACCAGCUUCUCAUGCUGGAUGAGGACGAGAUACACCCCCUUCUGAUCCGGGACCGGAGGAGCGACUCCAGCCGCAACAAACUGCUGAGACGCACAGUCUCCGUGCCGGUGGAGGGGCGGCCCCACGGCGAGCAUGAGUACCACCUGGGCCGCUCGAGGAGGAAGAGUGUCCCCGGGGGGAAGCAGUACAGCAUGGAGGCCGCCCCCGCUGCGCCCUUCCGGCCCUCGCAAGGCUUCCUGAGCCGGAGGCUAAAAAGCUCCAUCAAACGCACGAAGUCCCAACCCAAACUUGACCGGACCAGCAGCUUUCGCCAGAUCCUGCCUCGCUUCCGAAGUGCUGACCAUGACCGGGCCCGGCUGAUGCAGAGCUUUAAGGAGUCACAUUCUCACGAGUCCUUGCUGAGUCCUAGCAGUGCCGCCGAGGCCUUAGAGCUCAACUUGGAUGAGGAUUCCAUUAUCAAGCCAGUGCACAGCUCCAUCCUGGGCCAGGAGUUCUGUUUUGAGGUAACAACGUCAUCAGGAACAAAAUGUUUUGCCUGUCGUUCUGCGGCCGAAAGGGACAAAUGGAUCGAGAAUCUCCAGAGAGCAGUAAAACCCAACAAGGACAACAGCCGCCGGGUGGACAAUGUGUUGAAGCUGUGGAUCAUAGAGGCCCGGGAGCUGCCCCCCAAGAAGCGGUACUACUGUGAGCUCUGCCUGGAUGACAUGCUGUACGCGCGCACCACCUCCAAGCCCCGCUCGGCGUCGGGGGACACCGUCUUCUGGGGCGAGCACUUCGAGUUUAACAACCUGCCAGCUGUCCGUGCCCUGCGGCUGCAUCUGUACCGUGACUCAGACAAAAAGCGCAAGAAGGACAAGGCGGGCUAUGUGGGCCUGGUGACUGUGCCCGUGGCCACGCUGGCUGGGCGCCACUUCACAGAGCAGUGGUACCCCGUAACCCUGCCGACAGGCAGUGGGGGCUCUGGGGGCAUGGGGGGCUCAGGAGGGGGCGGGGGCUCAGGGGGUGGUUCAGGGGGCAAGGGCAAAGGAGGUUGCCCGGCUGUGCGGCUGAAAGCACGUUACCAGACAAUGAGCAUCCUGCCCAUGGAGCUGUAUAAGGAGUUUGCAGAGUAUGUUACCAACCAUUACCGGAUGCUGUGUGCAGUCCUGGAGCCCGCCCUGAACGUCAAGGGCAAGGAGGAGGUCGCCAGCGCCCUGGUCCACAUCCUGCAGAGCACGGGCAAGGCCAAGGACUUCCUUUCAGACAUGGCCAUGUCUGAGGUGGACAGGUUCAUGGAACGGGAGCACCUCAUAUUCCGCGAGAACACGCUCGCCACUAAAGCCAUAGAAGAGUACAUGAGACUGAUUGGUCAGAAAUACCUCAAGGAUGCCAUUGGGGAAUUUAUCCGAGCUCUGUAUGAGUCUGAGGAGAACUGUGAGGUGGACCCCAUCAAGUGCACGGCGUCCAGUCUGGCAGAGCACCAGGCCAACCUGCGAAUGUGCUGUGAGUUGGCCCUGUGCAAGGUGGUCAACUCCCAUUGCGUGUUCCCGAGGGAGCUGAAGGAGGUGUUUGCAUCUUGGCGACUGCGCUGCGCAGAGCGGGGUCGGGAGGACAUCGCUGACCGGCUGAUUAGCGCCUCGCUCUUCCUGCGCUUCCUCUGCCCCGCCAUCAUGUCGCCCAGUCUCUUCGGGCUCAUGCAGGAGUAUCCAGAUGAACAGACCUCACGAACCCUCACCCUCAUCGCCAAGGUCAUCCAGAACCUGGCCAACUUUUCCAAGUUUACCUCAAAGGAGGACUUUCUGGGGUUCAUGAACGAGUUUUUGGAGCUGGAGUGGGGUUCCAUGCAGCAGUUCCUGUAUGAGAUCUCCAACCUGGACACGCUGACCAACAGCAGUAGCUUUGAGGGCUACAUCGACUUGGGCCGAGAGCUCUCCACACUGCAUGCCCUGCUCUGGGAGGUGCUGCCCCAGCUCAGCAAGGAAGCCCUCCUGAAGCUGGGCCCACUGCCCCGGCUCCUCAAUGACAUCAGCACGGCUCUGAGGAACCCCAAUAUCCAAAGGCAGCCGAGCCGCCAGAGCGAGCGGCCGCGGCCUCAGCCCGUGGUGCUGCGGGGCCCGUCGGCCGAGAUGCAGGGCUACAUGAUGCGGGACCUCAACAGCUCCAUCGACCUUCAGUCCUUCAUGGCGCGAGGCCUCAACAGCUCUAUGGACAUGGCUCGCCUCCCCUCCCCAACCAAGGAAAAGCCGCCCCCACCACCGCCUGGCGGGGGGAAAGACCUGUUCUACGUGAGCCGCCCGCCCCUGGCCCGGUCCUCGCCAGCGUACUGCACGAGCAGCUCGGACAUCACAGAGCCGGAGCAGAAGAUGCUGAGUGUCAACAAGAGCGUGUCCAUGCUGGAUCUGCAGGGGGACGGGCCCGGGGGCCGCCUCAACAGCAGCAGCGUGUCCAACCUGGCGGCUGUCGGGGACCUGCUGCACUCCAGCCAGGCCUCCCUGACCGCCGCCCUGGGGCUGCGGCCUGCCCCUGCCGGGCGCCUCUCCCAGGGCAGCGGCUCGUCCAUCACCGCGGCUGGCAUGCGCCUCAGCCAGAUGGGUGUCACCACGGACGGUGUUCCUGCCCAGCAACUGCGCAUCCCCCUCUCCUUCCAGAACCCUCUCUUCCACAUGGCUGCUGAUGGGCCAGGCCCCCCAGGGGGCCACGGAGGGGGCGGUGGCCACGCUCCACCUUCCUCCCAUCACCACCACCACCACCAUCACCACCACCGAGGUGGAGAGCCCCCAGGGGACACCUUCGCCCCAUUCCAUGGCUAUAGCAAGAGCGAGGACCUCUCCUCGGGGGUCCCCAAGCCCCCUGCCGCCUCCAUCCUUCACAGUCACAGCUACAGUGAUGAGUUCGGACCCUCUGGUACUGACUUCACCCGUCGGCAGCUCUCACUACAGGACAACCUGCAGCACAUGCUGUCCCCUCCCCAGAUCACCAUUGGUCCCCAGAGGCCUGCCCCCUCAGGGCCCGGAGGUGGGAGCGGCGGAGGGGGCAGUGGUGGGGGUGGCGGGGGCCAGCCGCCCCCAUUGCAGAGGGGCAAGUCUCAGCAGUUGACAGUCAGCGCUGCCCAGAAACCGCGGCCAUCCAGCGGGAAUCUAUUACAGUCGCCGGAGCCGAGCUACGGCCCUGCCCGUCCACGGCAACAGAGCCUCAGCAAGGAGGGCAGCAUUGGGGGCAGCGGGGGCAGCGGUGGCGGAGGGGGUGGGGGGCUCAAGCCCUCCAUCACCAAGCAGCAUUCUCAGACGCCAUCCACGCUGAACCCCACAAUGCCAGCCUCUGAGCGGACGGUGGCCUGGGUCUCCAACAUGCCUCACCUGUCGGCUGACAUCGAGAGUGCCCACAUCGAGCGGGAGGAGUACAAGCUCAAGGAGUACUCCAAGUCAAUGGAUGAGAGCCGGCUGGACAGGGUGAAGGAGUACGAGGAGGAGAUCCACUCCCUGAAGGAGCGGCUGCACAUGUCCAACCGGAAGCUGGAAGAGUAUGAGCGGAGACUGCUGUCCCAGGAAGAGCAGACCAGCAAAAUCCUGAUGCAGUAUCAGGCCCGGCUGGAGCAGAGCGAGAAGAGGCUAAGGCAGCAGCAGGUGGAGAAGGACUCGCAGAUCAAGAGCAUCAUUGGCAGGCUGAUGCUGGUGGAGGAGGAGCUGCGCCGGGACCACCCCACCAUGGCUGAGCCGCUGCCCGAGCCCAAGAAGAGGCUGCUCGACGCUCAGCUCCUCAUCAGGUAGUUCUCCGGGUUGCUCUUUGACCACGGGCGGAGGACACAGGGGGAGGUGACUCCGGACCACUGCAGGUUGGUCACUCCCGAAGCCCACUCCCCUCCGACUCUCCACAGCCUCCCCCCUCACUGCUGCCCGCACCUGCGCAUUCCACAGACCCUGCCCUGGCACCUUCUGCACAGACCAUCUCCCGAGGCGCUGCCCAGAGAGAGCUUCCCGCGGCCUCCCGGUCGCUAGGUGAUUCCUUCAAGUGCCAGGCAUCUACCCUGGAGGCCGUGCAUUGCCAGACCACACUCCCUUCCCACAGAACCCAUCCCCAGCCUCCUCCUGUCAGCCCCUUCCUCUUCCUCUCCAGUGUAUGUCUGUCACCCCCCAUUUCACCAGAGCGUCCUUGGGGGGUGGGGCUGUUGGGGUGGGGCUUGUGAACGGGGAGUGGUGAUGAUGGGUUGGGGCACCCUUGCUAGAGGGGCUGCUCUGACCACAGCAGGUAGGUUGGGGUUUCCUCUUCCUUACCUAACCUUCGUUCUCUACCCUCCUUCCUUCCACCUCUCACCCACUUCUCUCUCCUUCUUGCAUCUGUGAGGUAGAAGGGAUCUGGGCUCCUAUGCAGCCCUAUGAGGUGGGAAUUAGGAGGAGCUCGUUAACUCGGGGAGGCCCUGGGGGCCUGGAAAGACUUCUGUUCAGAUGUCAGGCCAGUAGGCAGGGUGAGUGGAGCAGGAGGAGCAAGAAGCCGUGACAGUUGUGAGCACGCGGACGGGCCCUAGUGGCGUGGCAGCUGGCGGUGGGCUGAGACCGCUUCUCGAUAAGGUCACAGGCUCCGUGGCCAUGUUGCCCCCAGACAGGUGCCAGGAGCAGCAUGUUAAAUAACCCCUGUUCUUCUCGUCAGAGCUCACAUCCCAGGUGGCUAAUGCCACUCGCUCCCCCUCUCCCGCCACCCAGUGGCCUUGCAGACACAAUCCUACAUAAAACACUAGUCAAGGGAACCUGUCGGCCACUGACCUCAUUUCUGAGCGCCUUAUUUUCUGUGGGCUUGGUCUGCGGCAGGCAGUGGCUCCUCGCACUGUCACUUUAACUCUGCCUGCCCAGCCUCCUGUCCAAGUCUUAGUGGUCUGUAAACAGACCCUGAAAGGCACUGGGGACCUCGCCAUGGAAAGGGCUCCUGCAGCGAAUUCCUUUGGAAAAUGAGUAAUGGCACCCCAAUUUAUCUACUUUCUAAAUGGGGUCCAUGGGGGCGAGGGGGCAUGCCCGGCAGCCACGCAGAGGGACGGCAUCUAAGGUUUCUUUCCCUGCCGCCCGCCAUCCCUCCCUUGCUGACUGUGGGAAGCGAGCGAGGCAGCUUUGUUUGUGGCUGGGGGUUUGGAGGCUGUGAUUUGGGAGGGAGAGCUGAGUGGGAGCUUCCACCUGGAGGAUGCUGUAUCCUUCGGAGAGAAGGUCAGACAUAACGGGGGCCAGGCCUAAAUGCCUUGCGGCCCAGGAAGUAAUUGGGAAGCUUUUGCUAAAGCACUUCUAGGCACUGGCUGCUCUACAACGCAGCCAUUAAUUUAAAAGUUAAUUCUGCGCCUGGAUUUUAUUUUUCGGUUGGCGGAAACAAAAUUUAUUGGGGGACAGAUAGACUUCCUGCUGCAAGAGGGCAGGAGGCAGGGGCCCAAAGCGGGUUACCCUGUGCCCGUAUUUGUAAGGCAAGUGAGCAACCAGAAGCCUAGUGCCGAUGGUUGCCUUCUCCUCUCCCAGCAGAGGGCCGAGCAGCAGGGGUGAUACAGGACCAGGGAUGGGGUCGGGUCUGGUACCCUCACCUUUAAUGGGAGCCCAGGGAGAGGGAGUGAAAGGAACGCGGGGGUGGGAAGGAAUGAAGCAUGUGCGCUUCCUGUGGCUGCAGAGGUUGGGGCCUGCUGUGUCCGCAGGGCUCCCAGGCUGUUGUGUUGAGAGAGAGAGAGAGAGAGAGAGAGAGAGAGAGAGAGAGAGAGAGAGAGAGAGAGAGGGAGGCAGCCCUCCCACGUCACUUCCCUGAAUCCCCUUCCU